AUGGUUCCUUUGUUGAAUGUUACGUGUAUUGUAUAUAGAGUGGAGACACUAUGGGAGGCGAGCGAGAUGAUAGGAGCCAUGGUGUUAGACGGUGAAGGUAUGAUUAGCGGUUUGAUAAUGGCUCCUGUGGUUAAAUCGAAGCUAGGGAAGGCGUUGUUAUCCACUGCCCCAGGAGAGAUUCUCUUGGCUUCACUUGAUUCUUUUGAUAAAAUACUUGGUGCUGCUGAAGCUGCAGAGAUACAAACUCAUUUCGCCACAUCCAUGGCUGCUACUAAACUUGUUAGUAAGAGUUUUGGGGAAAAUGCCGGAAAAAUCACAGGAAAAGUGCUAGAAACAACCGGCAGUUUGGGCCGCAUCGUGUGGAAAAUUCAAAAAGCUAUGGAUCCAUCUUUUUCCAUGAUAUCAGGAGUUGUCAAAAAUGCUGAGAGAGAAUGA